CCCGAAAGCUUAAAUCAUCAACACCGAACCAAGCUGCUACUAUUCAUCGACAAAAAAUGGCGACAAUAGCUGGAAUUAACCUCACAACCAGUUCAAGAGUCCUUGCAAAGGCAACAGACUACUCGCCGAAGGCUCCUCGCUCCAUAAGGUCUCCUUACCUGAACCAACCAUGGAAAAAGCAGUCCGGAAUCCACUUCGGAUCCGGUCGGCUGGUUCAUUUCCGACCCGCGAGAACCGCCCCGGAUGGCAUAUCGGAGAGGUUAGCGGAGAGCGUGAAGAAAGCGGAGGAGAUGUGUGAGAGCAACCCGGACACGGGGGAGUGCGCGGCCUCGUGGGACGAGGUGGAGGAGCUGAGCGCGGCGGCUAGCCACGCGAGGGACAGGAAGAAAGCCGAAGCGGCGGAUCCCCUGGAAGCUUUCUGCAAGGAUAACCCGGAGACUAAGGAGUGCCGCACGUAUGAAGACUGAAUGGAAUCGUGAGAUAUGGUUUUCUAAUUUUUUUUUUUUAUUCUCUUUUUCUAGUCAACUUAUUUGUUAAGGUGGAAUUGGAGAUGCUUAUGAUGAUCAUAUGAUGGAAGUAAUAUUAUGGUUUUAUAUUUAAUUGAAAGUAUUAACAUACCA